AAAUAUACUGUCACUCUGGUUUGUUUAAGUACAUUAUACGCUGCAACACACAAUUUAUUUUGACGCGUUAACGUAUUCAGUUGUUGUUUACUCAUGACUGUGAUACGAUAUUUUUACUUGUAUUUCAUAUUUUAAAGUUUUAAUUUAAAUAAUGAUAAAUAUUUGAUACUGAAGCCAAGUGACAUUAAGUAUAAUUUCAGUUAUAUUUAUAAAUUUUUAGUUUGUUUAAUUUGAAAUUGUAAAAAAUGGGAUCGGAAAUAAAUCCAAGUGGUGUUUUGAAAACCAAUUGGGUGCCAGGUCAACCGACCGUGGAUGAAGUCAGCAGUUCGAUGCAAAUAUUUGGUAUUGUUGAUUACGUUAUAUUCACCUUAAUGCUGGUGUCCUGUGGAGGUAUCGGAAUUUAUUUUGGUUUUAUAAAAAAAUCAACUGGAGAAGAUGAGUACUUGGUAGGCGGCAGAAAUAUGAAAACUAUUCCUGUAAGUCUCAGCUUGAUAGCCAGCUUUUUUUCGGGCAUUUCGCUGCUUGGAAUUCCCACGGAAAUUUAUGUUCAUGGAACGAGUUAUCUUUUCAUUGCUUUUGGUGUAAUUCUAGUUGGAUUUACUAUGUCGAGUAUUUAUUUGCCGGUUUUUCAUGAAUUAAAGCUUACGAGCACUUAUGAGUAUUUAGAAAGGCGGUUUGAUCGCAAAGUGCGGAUACUUGGGUCUACACUAUUUUCUAUUGGAAUUAUGCUGUGGCUGCCUAUUGUUAUUUACGUCCCCGCAUUAGCCUUCAAUCAAGUGACGGGAGUUAAUGUUCACAUCGUAACGCCUUUUGUGUGUAUCAUUUGCAUUUUUUACACUUGCGUGGGAGGCUUACGCGCAGUAGUAUGGACGGAUUUUGUUCAGGCUUUCAUUAUGUUUGGCGCAAUGCUUCUUGUUGUUAUAAAAGGUACUGCUGAUGUUGGUGGCCUGGGAGUUGUACUUCAAAGAAAUCGCGAUUCAGACAGACUUGAAUUGCCCAUGACUGACUUAAGUCCAUCGACAAGGCAUACAAUAUGGGCACUAGUUAUCGGCGGUUUUGUUCAUUGGCUUCAAAGUGCUGCAAUUAAUCAAAAUAUGCUUCAACGAUAUAUGUCACUACCCAAUCUUUAUGAAGCUAAGAAGGCACUUUGGAUAUUCAUUGUUGGUGCAGUGGCAUUAAUUGGAGUCUGUGGUUAUUCAGGGUUGCUCAUUUAUGCCUGGUACCACGAAUGCGAUCCUCUGACAACAAAAUUAGUAAACGCGAAGGAUCAAUUGCUUCCAUUGUUAGUGAUGGAUGUUUUGGGACAAUUUCCAGGAUUCCCGGGACUUUUUGUCGCUGGAGUUUUCAGCGCAGCUUUGAGCUCUUUGUCAACUGGACUAAAUUCAAUGGCUGCGGUUAUUUUUGAAGACUUUAUAAAACCAUUCCGCAAAACACCAUUCAGCACCCGAACUGCUGACAUACUUAUGAAAUUGACAGUUGUCAUACUAGGUGUCGUUUGCGUGGGGCUUGUUUUCGUAGUUGAAAAAGCUGGAACUCAUGUACUUGAAUUAACGAUAACGAUGAGUGCAGUUCACAGUGGACCUUCGCUAGGAAUCUUCAGUAUAGGAAUUUUAUUGCCUUGGGUAAAUGCUAAGGGCGCACUAAUUGGAGGACUUUGUGGAUUAGGAUUCAUGGGAUGGGUGACGUUUUCAGCGCAAGCUGCAAUAGCUAGCGGCAAUAUUAUAUCAGAUGAAAAGUCAGUGACUACGGAAGGUUGUACAUAUUGGUUUCAACAAGCGGAAAAUCUAUUGCUGGCUGUACCACCGGACUCGGUUUUUGAAACCACAGACGAUGGAUCUAGCGAAACAUGGGCUAUUUAUCGUGUGAGUUAUUUGUGGUACACUGUAACAGGAGCUCUGGUGACAAUGAGUAUUGGUCUCAUUGUCAGUAUUAUAUCAUCUGAAAGUGUUAAUAAACUUGAUCCAAAGCUAGUGGCGCCAUUUUUACGGAAAUAUCUUAAGACAGACAAUUCAAUAGAAUUACAUCAAGUUCAGAUAAACUCAGUUCAUGAAACACGAUUUGCGGAAGAAAUAACGACCGAAUCUUCGAAUCACACUAAACGAUCGACGUGAAUUAUUAUUAACAAUUAAAACAGGAUAUUUUUUUAUAUACAAUUAUAUAAUAUAAUUUUGUAUUAAGUAAAUAACUUCAAUUAAAAAAU